CGAAUCACAGUUACACAAUAUACCAAGUGAUUAAGCAUAAAUUAAUAAAUUUCAAUGACCGUCGUUUCUGUGAAAGCUUUCCACAUUCGGUUAACAGGUAAAUACCUAGUAAGGAUGUACACAGUUCAAGAGAAAGGGAAAAGCAUUGAUGGACGAGGAGUAAAGGGACGAAAAAGAGAACGGACUGAGGAUGAAGAUGUUGAACCCAGUGUUAGUUCAGGAAGAAUUAAGCUUGGAGAUCUCCGUCAGGAUGGAUAUGAGCAUCAAGUCAAUGCUGGAGAACCUGUUCAGGGUCCGUCAUCUAAAUAUGAAGAUACAAACUCAGCACGGAUAAUGGAAACCACAGCAACCCUUGUUGAAAUGUUUCCUGGCAUUGAUCCGCAAUACCUUUACCUUAGAUUGAUCAGAGCUCAGAGAGAUGACGCGGAAAACGUAGAAAACCUGAUUCUUGAAUUGUGUGACAAUCCUGAACCUCCUCCAGACUGGAUACAACUGUAUAAUGCAGUGUCUCCACAGAAGAACAAUGUUGAAGAUUGUUUAGAUAAGGCUAGGGCUGCCGAUCCUAGGGAUAAACAGUCACCUAGUAGCAGUCCAGGUCCCUUAACUGAACCUGGAGUUAGUUUGCGGACAGGAGUAGCACAAGAAGAGGAGCUCAGCGUUAAUUUAGACGCAGAGCAACUAGAGAUUCCAAUGGUUGAAAAGUUCACCAAGGAGAAGGUUUCAGAGCUAGAGAAUCUUUUUCCUCUCAUAAAGUUAAGUGGGUUCAGGAGCAAAUAGCUCAAGUAUUGGUCCAACCUU